UCUACUACACACACUCCUACUACAAGCUCCAUCCUCUCCACCUCUACAACUCCUCCCACCACUACACCGACAACCCAACCCCCAUUGAUGUGCGACAACGGUGGUCUGCUGCAGGAUGGUGUCUGCCUCUGCCCAGAUGAGUGGACUGGUGUCACCUGCUCUAUUGGAAACGUCUGUAAGAAGACUGUGUUGGAUGACUUUGAGUUCCAGCAAACUGUAAUUGGUUGGUCUGCCUACUCCUCGGAGACAUGCCCAUCGGGUACAACCAAUGCUGGUAUUUCCAUAGCCUCAACUAGAUGCUUGGACAAGGGUGGACUGCCAGUAUUUGACCGCAUUCAGAAAAUUGGAUGCCAAAUAACCCUUGAAGGUAUCCAAGUCAAUUUUAUAACCUUAUAUUUCCCCAGUUGACUGGUUCAAUGGAUGCAGUGGAAACAGAGCGGCUAGCAAGCAGUACACAGAUCCUG